CUCGCUUUCCUCUUCCGGGGCCGGCGCGGCGGGGCGGGCUGGCCUCGGCGGCGGGGACCCAGGUGAGCCAUGUCUUUCCAUUCCGGGCGAGGAUGUCCUCGUGGUCAAGGGGGACCAGGAGCAAGAACUUCAACACAGACCUACCGCCCUCAGAACCUGCGGCAGCUUCACCCACAACAGCCCUCUGUACAAUACCAGUAUGACCAGCAAGCUGCCCCCCCAACAACCUAUUCAAACCCUCCAGCCACAGGUUACAUACCUCCCAGGCCAGACUUUGUGCCCUAUCCUCCUCCAGUGCCCCCCUCCACACAGAAUCCCAUCAGCCAGUGUACUUUGAGGCCACCAUUUCCAAACCACCAGAUGAGGCAGAGCUUUCCAGUGCCUCCAUGCUUCCCUCCCACUCCUCCACCAGUGCCAAAUCCUGGCAACACUCCUGUGCCAGGAAGUCCUGCUGGGCAAAGCACCUUUCCUUAUAUGAUGCCUCCUCCGACAGUACCACAUCCUCCCCCUCCACCAGUCAUACCACAGCAAGUCAGCUACCAGCCUGUGUACUCCACUGGGUAUUCACAGCAGUCGUUCCCACCGCCUAACUUUAGUAGCUAUCAGCACAACUCUGGCUCCUUUCAGAGCAAUGCUGCCAACAGCAGCGGUGGCAGCAGCCAUUUUCGGCACACAGGUCAGUACCAGGGAGAGAAGUCACAGAGUGAUCGACGGUCUCCAGACAGGAGCAAGCACUAUGAUGAACACAGACAUCGUGAGCACAGUCACAUGCAUGGCGACCGGCAUCGGUCCACUAACCAUGGGGAUCGUCGGGAUCGAGGUCGGAGUCCGGACAGGAGGAGGCAGGAAAGCAGUCGUCACCGGGCAGAUUAUGACCGAGGCAGGAUAUCCCCUCAUCACAGAAGUUAUGAGCGUAACAGGGAGCGAGAGAGGGAGAGGCAUAGGCACCGUGACAGCAGAAGGUCACCAUCGCCGGACAGAUCCUACAAAAAGGAUUACAAGAGAGCAGGAAGCCGAUCUCCAAGCAGAGAAAGAAAAAGACCUCGAUGGGAGGAGGAACGAGAAAGGUGGUCUGAGAACCAGAGCUCCACUAAAGAGAAAAAUUAUGUUCCUACCAAAGACAAAGAGAUGGAGGAGAAUGCAUCUGAAAAGAACGAAGAGGAAGAUGAGGAAUUACUGAAGCCAGUCUGGGUUCGCUGUACCCACUCUGAAAGCUACUAUUCCAAUGACCCUAUGGAUCAAGUGGGGGACUCCACUGUGGUAGGAACAAGCAAGCUCCGAGAUCUGUAUGAAAAAUUUGACGAGGAGUUAGGAAAGCGACAGGCAAAGGCCAAAGCAGCCAGGCCACCGUGGGAGCCACCAAAGACCAAGCUGGAUGAAGAUUUAGAGAGCUCCACUGACUCAGAAUGUGACUCUGAGGAUGACAGCAGCUGCUCCAGCAGUUCAGAUUCAGAUGUUUUUGACGUCAUUGCGGAAAUUAAGCGUAAAAAAGCACACCCUGAUCGUCUCCAUGAAGAACUGUGGUACAAUGAUCCAGGACAGAUGAAUGAUGGACCUUUGUGCAAGUGCAGUGCUAAAGCCCGACGAACGGGAAUAAGACAUGGCAUUUAUCCUGGUGAAGAGCCCAUUAAGCCAUGUCGCCCCAUGACCAACAAUGCUGGGAGGCUAUACCACUAUCGAAUCACUGUGUCGCCUCCCACAAACUUCUUAACAGACAGACCUACUGUCAUUGAGUAUGAUGACCAUGAAUAUAUCUUUGAAGGGUUCUCCAUGUUUGCACAUGCUCCACUAACAAAUAUCCCUCUAUGUAAAGUAAUCAGAUUUAACAUUGACUAUACAAUUCAUUUCAUUGAGGAGAUGAUGCCUGAGAAUUUUUGUGUGAGAGGUCUUGAAUUGUUCUCUUCAUAUCUGUUCAAAGAUAUUUUGGAGCUCUAUGACUGGAAUCUUAAAGGUCCUUCACUUGAAAAUGAUUCUGUUUGCUGCCCCAGGUUUCACUUCAUGCCAAGAUUUGUGCGAUUUCUUCCAGAUGGAGGAAAAGAAGUGCUCUCAAUGCAUCAGAUUCUUCUCUACUUGUUACGAUGCAGUAAAGCCCUGGUGCCUGAAGAGGAGAUUGCCAACAUGCUGCAGUGGGAAGAACUGGAAUGGCAGAAGUAUGCAGAGGAAUGCAAAGGGAUGAUUGUUACCAGCCCUGGCAUGAAGCCCAGCUCAGUUCGAAUUGAUCAGCUGGACCGUGAGCAGUUCAAUCCUGAUGUCAUUACUUUCCCCAUUAUUGUCCACUUUGGGAUACGACCUGCUCAGCUCAGUUAUGCUGGAGAUCCUCAGUACCAAAAGCUGUGGAAGAGUUACGUGAAGCUGCGUCACCUGCUGGCUAAUAGUCCCAAAGUCAAGCAGGCUGAUAAACAGAAAUUAUCACAGAGAGAGGAAGCUCUGCAGAAGAUCCGUCAGAAGAACACCAUGAGACGUGAAGUCACUGUCGAGUUAAGCAGCCAAGGAUUCUGGAAGACAGGGAUACGCUCUGAUGUCUGCCAGCACGCAAUGAUGCUUCCUGUCCUCACCCACCAUGUCCGCUACCAUCAGUGCCUGAUGCAUUUGGACAAAUUGAUAGGCUACACUUUUCGAGAUAGGUGCUUGCUGCAGCUUGCCAUGACUCAUCCAAGUCAUCACUUAAACUUUGGAAUGAAUCCAGACCAUGCCAGAAAUUCCUUAUCCAACUGUGGGAUUCGACAGCCAAAGUAUGGAGAUAGAAAAGUUCACCAUAUGCACAUGAGAAAAAAAGGGAUAAACACCCUGAUAAAUAUUAUGUCACGUUUGGGACAAGAUGAUCCAGCUCCUUCCAGGAUUAACCACAACGAACGUUUAGAAUUUCUGGGAGAUGCUGUGGUGGAGUUCUUAACGAGUGUCCACUUGUACUACCUGUUUCCCACUCUGGAGGAAGGAGGAUUAGCUACGUACCGCACUGCCAUCGUCCAGAACCAACACCUGGCCAUGCUAGCUAAGAAGCUGGAACUAGAUCGAUUUAUGCUUUAUGCUCAUGGUCCAGACCUUUGCAGGGAGUCGGAUCUCCGCCACGCCAUGGCCAACUGCUUUGAAGCCCUAAUAGGAGCUGUUUAUCUAGAAGGGAGCCUAGAAGAAGCAAAACAGUUAUUUGGACGUUUACUCUUCAAUGACAAGGACCUGCGGGAUGUAUGGCUUAAUUAUCCACUACACCCACUCCAAUUGCAGGAGUCCAAUACUGACAGACAACUCAUUGAGACCUCUCCAGUUCUUCAAAAGCUUACAGAGUUUGAGGAGGCAAUUGGAGUCAUCUUUACUCACGUUCGACUUCUAGCUCGUGCAUUCACUCUGAGGACAGUAGGCUUUAACCAUCUGACUCUAGGCCACAACCAGAGGAUGGAAUUCCUGGGUGACUCCAUAAUGCAGUUGGUAGCCACAGAGUAUUUAUUCAUACAUUUCCCUGAUCAUCAUGAAGGGCACUUAACGCUGUUGAGAAGUUCUUUGGUGAACAACAGGACACAAGCGAAGGUGGCAGAAGAGUUGGGUAUGCAAGAAUUUGCCAUCACUAACGACAAGACAAAAAGACCUGUAGCUCUUCGAACUAAGACUUUGGCUGAUCUCUUGGAAUCCUUUAUUGCCGCUUUGUACAUUGAUAAAGAUUUGGAAUACGUUCACACUUUCAUGAAUGUAUGCUUUUUCCCACGUUUAAAGGAGUUCAUUUUAAAUCAAGAUUGGAAUGAUCCUAAAUCUCAGCUUCAGCAGUGCUGCUUGACUCUCAGGACAGAAGGAAAAGAGCCAGACAUUCCUCUUUACAAGACUCUGCAGACAGUGGGACCAUCUCAUGCCAGGACGUACACUGUAGCCGUUUACUUCAAAGGGGAAAGGAUAGGGUGUGGUAAAGGCCCAAGUAUUCAGCAAGCAGAAAUGGGAGCUGCAAUGGACGCACUUGAAAAAUAUAACUUCCCCCAGAUGGCCCAUCAGAAACGGUUCAUUGAACGGAAGUACAGACAAGAGUUGAAAGAAAUGAGGUGGGAAAGAGAGCAUCAAGAGAGAGAGCCAGAGGAGACUGAAGAAGCACGGAAAUAAAAGGAGGGCACAGAAGCAGUGGCAUAUUUACUUACUCUAAUAACUCCGACAGUGGCCUAUGGAGACCUAACCUAGUUUCUUGCCGAUGAUGAAUGAAGAGUGCUUGUUGAUAUCAAAUAGGAAAUUGCAAUCUCUUCUUUUAAAAGUGUGUGUAUAUAUAGUAGUGCUUUCAUUUUGGUUUAAGUGCAAAGUUUGGCUCUUUAAUAUGAUUUGGUUUAAAAUCCUUCUAAUUUUUCUGACAAGCUGUGGGAUUAUUUUAAUUACUUUUACUGCCUUGUAUGAAGUAAUAAAGUACUAAUUUCAAAAGCCUGUAGGAGGAAAAGCUGUUUAACAAUUGUCUCCUAUGUCUAAAAGCUCUUUUGUCAGUGACCAGCAAAGUUAUUGCGUGUGGAGGAGGAGUGUUACAAGAAACUAAUUCAGCAGGGCAUUUAAGCAUGUACCUAAAUUUUUCAGCUAAAUGUGCUUCUUGACUCUGCUAAACCAGAGCCAUAAACUUCAGGUCCUUUUACAGUAACUUAAGCCAAGGAGAUACUCAGGUUUGGGUUAAACAGUGGAUUCCACGUGUGGAACAUGACACAGCUGUGUGGGGGAGGUUGAGGGGGGUUUCAUCUUUACAUCAGUAUUAUAAAACUGUUAAGAAAAAGAGAAAAGGUAAUUAUGAAGCAAGAGAAUGACAGCUUUUUUUGUAAAGACUGUACUGAGUUGAUAUUUACAAAUGUAAUUUCACUCUCAACUUCUUGCUCUAUCAAACUGAUCGUUACUUUAAUGGAUUUCUUUGUCCAGAAGAUAACCAGUGUGACCAUGACAGUCAAAUGGUUUAUUAGAAACUCCAUACAGGUGCUCUUCCAGGUAGGUUCACUGCAAAUUGCUUGUAUCCAAAGGGCGGAAUUUGACACCAAGGCGUAGCUCAAAAGUGGUGUACAGUUCUAAGGCAGCCACUUUCCUUGAUGUUCAGUGUCUAUGAUUUGUGUUAGAAAGACAGAUGUUUCUUUUGUAAAAGCUCUGAAUUAUAUCAAAAGUGGAAUAUCCACUGUGCCUGUUGGUGAUUUCUCCCACUGACUCCAUUGUAGGUGUUGGUGCAUUGUUCAUACUUUCAAUUUGCUGGCUUCAAGCCAUUCCAUUCUGUUAUGCUUAGUUCUGAGUUAGAACAAUCCCAUAGUGCAUUCUGUGUAGUCCAUUUCUCUCUUUUCUGAUAACUGAAACAGAUACAACUUUUAUCUUCCUUAACUGUGUUUUUUCUUCCUGUUUCAGAUCCUUUUUAGUGAGUCAUUUGUGCAUCUUUUCUGAUGUAAACAACACAUCUAUGUGGUAUCAGGUAGCUUCAUGAGAAUGGAUGCAUAAGUCUGGCCCUAAGAAUUCAUGCAGACUCCUACAAGAACUUCUUCUCAGUGCUCAUACUAUGCUGAGCAACUAAUUCAGCAGUUAUCUGAGGAACCUUUACGUAGGUGUGCAACAGGCAUCCAUGGAAGCACUUUAUUGAAGGUACCAAAGUAGACACAAGUGCAGCUGAGAAGUUCACAUUACUUAAGUAACUUCCUGAAGUUUCACUUGAGCUAAUCAAUAUGUGUAUUUUCAUAAGCACAUUUUUGUACACAUGCACCAGGAGCUACACACUUAAAUGUGGGGGUGGUUUUUUUUGUUAUAAAACUCAGUUUCACAGCACUACCUCACUGCUUCCAGCUUCUACAAUUGCCUUUUCUCCAUGAGUACUUUAAAUCCAUUGCAGAGGAUGAGAGAAAAACAAACAUGCAUUCUCUAAUUUAAAGCAUGCUAAUAAACCAUUAAAACAUCAGGAAGGGGAUAAAAAGUAAAAUAAAAUAAUAACAAACCACCACCAAAGGCAAAGAGCUGCUUUCUGUUGUAUGCAGCUGUUCUUUGACUUUUGAGAAGUGAUUGUACCUCCUUAUAGAUUCAGUCUGUAAAUAAAAAAGCUGACAUGCCUCUCAACAGCAGCAGGCUUGAUAAGCAAUCACCAGCUUCCCUGCCCUCAUGUCUUUUUGUAUUUUAAACUUGUGUAAUUGCCCAUCUGCUUCUUAGCACCAAGUUGAAAUGGUGCAUUGGUAGGGGCCUAUGGGUAAUUGUGUACACCAAUAACAUUAAUCAAAAAUAACUUAUUUUUCACUCUUAACUGUGAUUCAGAUUCAUGUGUUUACCCAGUAGAACAUGUAGUAUCUUAAUUUUGGGGUGUAUGGUUGCUUUGCAGAUUUCUCUGGUGGCAUCUGAUGCAGCACCAGAGUACCCUGGUUGGAUUGGUAGCUCAUUAGCAGUUUAACAUUACUUCCAUUCUUUCUUGCUAGAUAUAAUUUCACUUUGCAGCUGUAAAAAGACACUCAGCUUAUUCAUAAACAUUUGCUUAAAAAUAGAUUGAAUUAAUCAGAUAUGCUGUUUGGGAGGAGGAACCCAGAAUUAUUCUCUUUUCUUCUUUGACCCAGAAAUUGCUUGAAAACAAACUUUAAUUUCUGCAUCCCAUUGCUACAGUUAAUGAAUUUUAGAUCAUCCCCAAUAAAAUGUAGAUUAUAAACUUC